AUGGCUGACAAUUCAAAACAAAAUUGGGGAGAUUUAUCUUCCGAUGAAGAAAAUGAGAAGCCUUAAGCUGAUUCUCACAAUCCUAAAACUCAAAAUUAAUAGGGAGGAAAUAAACAAAGAAAUAAUUAAUCACAAUAAGGCUCAUCUACAAGAUAAUAAAAAUAAAGGCAAGAAUAAACAUAAGGAGAAGACCACUAGAACCCAGAAAAUGAAAGAAAUGAUAUCGAUACCAAUAACCCUGACCACUCUAACUAAUAGGGAAAUUAUAAUUAGAGAAGUAAUCAAAAUAAAAAAAAUUAUGGGGAUAACAAAGAUAGGAGAUACAAAGGAGAUGGUAAUUAAAGAGGCAAUAGAGAUCAUUAAAAGAAUUACAAAAAUAGAGAUUAUAAUUAUAAUUAAGAAGAUAGAUAAGAUAGAGGUGAUCGAUAAGACAGAGGGGAUAGAUAAGACAGAGGUGAUAGAUAAGACAGAGGGGAUAGAUAAGAUAGAGGUGAUAGAUAAGAUAGAGGUGAUAGAUAAGAUAAAAGAAAAAAUUAUGAUAGGGAUAACACUGGAUUUAUCGAGUAAAAGAAGGAACAAUUAAAUAAUUAUAAUGGAGAUAGUAUUAAUAUAUUACUUCAUUAUAAAAUUGAUGAAAAUUAAUUGAAGGAUGUGUUAAAAGAUAUUUAAAUGAAGAAUUUCAAUUAGGGCGAGGAUUAAACAAGAUUUGAUGUAGAUAAGGAGAAUGCUUAAAAACUAUUGGAAGUCUUUAAAUUAUAAAUUGAAUUAGAAGGCAGAAUCCAUAAGCUUUAUAUGAGAAUAGGUUCAGAUAAUCAUGAGAAGAACAAUUAUGGAAACAGAGGAGGAUAUCAAAAACCGCAUUAUUAGUAAAGAUAAUAAAAUAAUGAUGAUCAAAAUUAAUUUGGAAAUAGAAAUAGAGACAGAGAUAGGGACAGAGAUGCAAAAUUCUAAAAUAAAAGGAAUAAUUUUGAACCUCCCAAAAUUACCAGAAAUCAAUCUUCAAAAGUUGAAGAAAAUUUAUAAUAGACGGAAUAACAAUAAUAGCCAUAAAAUGAUGCUUAAUAGAAUGAAUAAAGAGAUAUCAAUCAAUAAGAAUAAAAUUAGAAAAUAGAGAGAGCAGAUGAAAAGCCCACAAAUUAAGAGGAAAACAAUUAACAAAAUGUAUAAAAGGAGCAGAAUCAACCAAGAAACUACUACAAAGGUCAUGAUAAUCAAAACAGGGGCUAAAAAUAUAAUUAUAAACAACACAAUAAUCACUAUGAUAGAGAAUAAAAUAAUCAAAACUAAGAUCAGACUGAUUAGGGCAGGGAUGAAUAAAAUUAAUUUAGAAAUAACAAUAAUAAUUAUAAUAAUAAAUAUAGAGGGAAUAAAGAUAGAUAAUACGAUAGGAAUUAGAAUGAUAAUAAAGAUUAGGAAGAUUAAAAUAACACAGAGGAUAGAGAUAAUCAAAGAGGAGGCUAUAGAAACUAUUAAAACAAUAGAGGAAAUUAUAGAAAUAACAACAACAGAAAUAAUAGAAACGAUGAUAAAAAUAAUGAAAUUGAUAAUAACGAUAAAGAUAAUUUUAAUAGAAACAAUAAUGAUGGAAAUAAUAAUAGAAAUUACAAUAGAAACAAUAAUGAUCAGGACAAUAAUAAUAAUAGAAAUUAUAACAAAGAUCAUUAUAGAAAUAAUAACAAAAAUUAUAAUAAUAAUAGAGAUAAUCGAGGAUAUGAACCCAAGUAAUAAUAAGGUGAUGAAGAGGGUUAAAAGAAAUAGAAUUUUAGAGGAAAUACAUAAAAUGAAUUAAAAGAGUUUCACUUUAAUCCACAUUUUGAUAAGUAAAAGAAAGAGCCAUAAAAAGCAGCAAUAAAAUCCGCCAAUAUGUUCGACAUAUUAAAGUGA